GAGAGAUCUUAGUUCGCAGCUCUAACGCACGUGUUGCUCUGCUCAGUCUUAUUGUGCUUCAAUUUGCGGUACAUACUUGGUGUUGGUUACUACCCAAUUGAAAACGGCUGUUCGUGAUGGAAAAUAUGUUUACGCUAGCUUAUCGGCGAAUUCCCAGCCUGACAAAAACAAGUUGUGACGGCAGUGCAACGGUUGCCUGUAUGCGAUUUCAUUCGAUCUGCUGUAACCUGAUCUGCUGCUGUGGUAUAGGUGCCGCAAGUUGAUAACCCCAGUGGGCACGGCAAGCCAAGAUCACUCGAUUUGACGCGAUAGAUGCCCGCACUUUUUAUACUAGAUCAGCAUUUCGUUUCUUACAGCCCAACGACAUGGUCAUUCUUCGCUACUAUGAUGCGCAGGCACACAGCGCGGCCGAGGAGCAGAAAGCCCUGAGGCGACUGCAGGAAAGGAACGCCGCCGUGGUAUCUGUGCGCAUGGAGCGUUGCUAUCAUCUGGAGUACAGCGGGCAGGCAGAGCAUUCUCUGGCCUUGGAUGAGCUACUGAUCUGGCUGGUAAAGCAACCCUUGAAGAGCGGCCAGAGCCUGGUCAGACAUUCCGUUCUCCAAGCGGAGAGCAAGCUCCAGUUGAUCCUGGAGAUCGGUCCACGCUUUAACUUUUCCACGCCCUACUCCACAAACUGCGUAAACAUAUUCCAGAACCUCGGAUACACCGAGGUUCGUCGGGUUGAAACUUCCACCCGCUACCUUCUGACUUUUGGCGAUGAUUCGGAGGUGCCGGAGGCGGCCUGGUUCGUUCCUUUGAUAGGCGACCGCAUGACACAGUGUCUAUACACCGAGGAGAACACCCCCAUUGCGAGCUUCGAUGAACAGCUACCAGAACGUCAGGACAACUGGCAAGUCGUGCCCGUGUUGGAGGAGGGGCGGCCGGCACUGGACCACAUCAAUCAAAAGCUUGGCCUAGCCUUCAACGAGUUCGAUCUGGACUACUAUCACGAUUUGUUCGUCAAGGAGCUCGGCCGCAAUCCCACAACAGUGGAGCUGUUCGACUGCGCCCAGAGCAACAGUGAGCACUCGCGUCACUGGUUUUUCCGUGGACGCAUGGUGAUCGAUGGGGUGGAACAGCCCAAGUCACUUAUAAGUAUGAUAAUGGACACACAAGCUCACUCGAACGCCAACAACACCAUUAAGUUUAGCGACAAUAGCAGCGCCAUGGUGGGAUUCCAGCACAAGGCCAUUGUCCCAACCUCCGUGGUGGCUCCCGGACCAGUGCGCUUGGAGAGCGUGCAGUCUGACCUUAUUUUUACGGCGGAAACCCACAACAUGCCCACGGCUGUGGCGCCCUUCAGCGGGGCCACUACUGGCACGGGCGGACGACUACGUGAUGUUCAAGGCGUGGGCAGAGGUGGGGUUCCAAUCGCGGGAACGGCUGGUUACUGCGUGGGAGCUCUUCACAUUCCAGGUUAUAAACAGCCGUACGAGCCCUCAGACUAUAAGUAUCCUGAGACGUUUGCACCCCCGCUUCAGGUGCUCAUAGAGGCGAGCAACGGCGCCUCAGACUACGGAAACAAGUUCGGCGAGCCGGUGAUCUCCGGCUUCGCCCUCUCAUAUGGCCUCAACAGUGCAGCUGUUGCGAGCCACCGGGAUGAGUACGUAAAACCGAUCAUGUUUAGCGGUGGCCUAGGCACAAUGCCCGCAUCGAUGCGUGAGAAGCUGCUGCCGACUCGCGGCCAGCUGCUUGCCAAGAUCGGCGGCCCAGUGUACAGAAUAGGAGUGGGUGGCGGUGCCGCAAGCUCUGUGGAGGUACAGGGAUCUGGAGACGCAGAACUAGACUUCAACGCCGUUCAGCGGGGAGACCCAGAGAUGGAGAACAAGUUAAAUCGCGUUGUACGCGCCUGUCUAGAACUUGGCGACCAGAAUCCUAUCCUGGCCAUUCACGACCAGGGAGCUGGCGGCAAUGGUAACGUUCUUAAGGAACUUGUAGAACCCGGCUUCGCGGGAGCAGUUAUUUUCUCCAAGGAGUUUCAACUAGGCGAUCCCACAAUCACUGCCUUGGAGCUGUGGGGUGCCGAGUACCAGGAAAACAACGCCAUUCUCUGCAAAGAUGAUCAACGCGAUCUGCUCGAGAAAAUCUGCCGACGUGAACGGUGCCCUAUUAGCUUUGUAGGAGUAGUGACUGGGGAUGGGCGAGUCACGCUGCUGGAGAAGGCUGCCCCUAAGGACAUUGAACAGGCCCUGAACGAAUGCAACCCCAGCACGCCUUCACCGUUUGACUUGGAGCUCAAGUAUGUCUUGGGCGAUAUGCCUAAAAGAACGUAUGAGUUGAGCCGCGAGCCGACUCCGCUAAAGGAAUUGCGUCUGCAGAAAGACUUGCACCUGGAAGAGGCUUUGGAAAGAGUUCUUAGUUUGGUGGCAGUCGGUAGUAAGCGCUUCCUCACAAAUAAGGUGGAUCGCUGCGUUGGAGGGUUGAUCGUACAGCAACAGUGCGUGGGUCCGUUGCAAGCUCCACUUUCGGAUUACGCGUUAACCACCGUAUCUCACUUUAGCACUUCCGGUAUUGCCACCUCAAUUGGUACUCAACCUCUCAAGGGUCUGCUUGAUCCCGCCGCAAUGGCCAGGAUGUGUGUGGCUGAGGCGCUUAGCAACCUUGUAUUUGUAAAGAUAAGCGAACUUGCAGACGUCAAGUGUUCAGGAAACUGGAUGUGGGCUGCAAAGUUGCCCGGAGAAGGAGCGAAGAUGUUUGACGCCUGCAAGGAGCUCUGCAAGAUUCUUGAGGAGUUGCAUAUCGCCAUCGACGGGGGAAAAGACUCUCUGUCCAUGGCUGCAAAGGUGGAAGGCGAGACAAUAAAGUCCCCGGGUACUCUUGUCAUCUCAACCUACGCUCCCUGUCCGGAUGUUCGGCUAAGGGUUACACCUGAUAUAAAGGGUCCAGGCUUGGGCUCCCAAACUGUCUUGCUCUGGAUAAACCUGGAAGACAGCCUUCGCCUAGGUGGCUCGGCUUUGGCUCAGGCCUACGCCCAGCAGGGCAAGGAGGCACCUAACUUGACAAGGAGUGAUCUGCUGGGUAAGGCAUUUGCAGUCACCCAAUCGUUGUUGGGAGAAGGCCUUCUUAAAGCAGGACACGAUGUCAGCGACGGAGGAUUGCUCGUUUGUCUUGUGGAAAUGGCGAUCGGCGGGCUGAGUGGUCUCAGGGUGGAUAUAUCGGAGCCUUUGGCCAAACUAAAGAACUACAGUACAGCUGCCGAGGAAAUCAAUCGUCCCGAGCUGGCGCUUCUCUUCGCGGAGGAAUGUGGAUGGGUAGUGGAAAUAUUAGAGACGGAUUUGGAGCGAGUGCGAUCCACCUACGAAGUCGUCGGAAUACCGAACUACUAUUUGGGCGUGACUGAUGGAUUCGGACUCGAUUCCCGUGUGGUAAUCAAGCAGGGUGCAUCAGAGCUGCUGGAUCAGCCCCUCCGAUUGCUCUACCAGAAGUGGGAGCGCACAAGUUAUGAACUUGAAAAGCUUCAGGCCAACCCAGAGUGCGCCCAGGCGGAGUAUAAGAGCCUUGAAUAUCGCAAAGCCCCGCGAUACAGGGGUCCCUUGAAUCUGCAGGCAGAGUUAACUCUUAAACGAUCCAACGCCCCAGUCCGUGUGGCAAUACUCCGGGAGGAGGGUGUCAACAGUGAGCGUGAGAUGAUGGCCUGCCUUCUAAAAGCUAACUUCGAGGUGCACGAUGUGACCAUGUCGGAUCUUUUGCAAGGUACCACAAACCUGGCCGAAUACCGAGGACUAAUCUUCCCGGGCGGCUUCAGCUAUGCAGACACUUUAGGAUCGGCCAAGGGUUGGGCAGCCAACAUUCUCCACAAUCCUCGCCUGCUGCCUCAGUUUGAGGCUUUUAAGCGCCGUCAAGAAGUCUUUUCUUUAGGCAUUUGCAAUGGGUGCCAACUGAUGACUCUUAUUGGAUUUGUGGGCAGUCCAGGCAGCGAAGUGGGUGUAGAUCCUGAAGUAGCCCUGGUCCAUAAUAUAUCCCAGCGAUUCGAAUGCCGCUGGGCUACAGUUAGGAUUCCAGCCAACCGCUCUAUAAUGCUGGAAAACAUGAAGGAUCUAAUUCUAGGCUGUUGGGUGGCUCACGGUGAAGGUCGUUUUGCAUUCCGGGAGGAGAAGCUCAUAAGCCAACUACAUUCGGAAGAGCUGGUUACAUUACAGUAUGUUGAUGAUGCAGGCUUGCCGACGGAACUCUAUCCCCUUAAUCCGAACGGCAGUCCUCGCGGAAUAGCCGGUAUUUGCUCGGCGGAUGGACGACAUUUAGCCCUAAUGCCACAUCCGGAACGUUGUUCCUCCAUGUACCAGUGGCCCUAUGUGCCACCGUCCUUCGAGGUUUCCCCAAGAAAGGCAGAGAGCCCUUGGCAGAUUAUGUUUAACAACGCCUACAAUUGGUGUGCUAAGUCAGAUCCAUAGGAAUCCUACGGGGGUACGAAACUCUUGAAUACAUUUUUUGUAUUAAUGCCUCGAUUAAUCGAACUGCAAUUUACAAUAUCCGAAUUUGUUUACUAUAAAUCUAAUAAACUUUUGAAAAUUAAAAUAAACGUACAAACACGAAA